GAGACAAUAUUGUCAGCCGUUAACUGGAAGCUCCCACAGCUGUCCAAUUACCGAUUAUUACGCUGCUGACGUCAGACUUCCUGAGCCAGAAACUGGAGAGGCGUUUACACUUAUGUCGGAUAUCAGCUUUAGUCGCUUCAUCGUACACCUGAGUGCCUCCACCAACAACCGCGCAGCAACAGUCCUGAGCAGCUUUCUCAAAGCUGUUAACGUCUAUGGUGUACCAUCCCAUGUGAGAUCGGACAAAGGAGGGGAAAAUGCUGAUGUUGCUCGCUUCAUGGUGGCUAACAGAGGACUUCACAUAUUGCUGGCAGAAGUGUCCAUAAUCAAAGAGAGGCUCUUGAGAAACGUGUAUGCGGGAGUACUUGAUCUCUUUUACACCAUUUUUAACAACCUCGAGACAGAAGGCCUUCUUAACCCGGACAAUGAAGUUCAUCUCUAUGCUCUACACCAGUUCUUUGUCCCUCACAUCCAGAAGCACCUUGAGGUUUUCCAGCAUGGCUGGAACUGCCAUCGACUGAGCUCUGAGGAAAAUCAGUCACCACUUCAACUGUGGACUUACCACCAGCGUGAUGCACAGCAGGAGCCUUUAGAGGUUGGCGUGGAGUAUGGUGUUGAUUGGACUGGACCAUCUGGUUAUCGCCAGCAGGAUGUUGUGGUCCCUGAGGUUCAGCUGCAGCGCCCACUGACUGAACAGGAAGUGGAAAGCUUCCCAAAACCUGAUGGCCCUCUGUCUGACAUCUUGGAUUCUUACAUAGAGACAGUAAAUCUUUUAUCUGAGAUGCUCCAGUGAAUCACAGUUUCAAGUGCAGAAAGAAUAAAUCAUACACAAUAUCA